UUAAUCUUUGUUAAUUUUUUUCUUUUUUUUUGGCGUAGGUAUAAUUUUUUUAUCAAAGCUUUUUUUCAAUUAAAAAUUUUUUUAGUGUGAAAUAUAAUUUCUUCUUUCAAAAAAAAAAUCUUCGAAGUAGUACCUCAACCAGGAUGGCUAUAAAAUGUUCAGUGUGUGGCGAAUAAUUCAAUGAUGUUCGUUUGGUAAUCUUGUCGUUGGAUGAAUCAGGAGAUGGAGCUAUUGGUGCUCGCAAAUAUUCUCAUGUUCAGUACCUCUUCAGUAUAUGGUUACCAUUUAAAAUCGGAAACAGUAAUGCCGGAGUUUUACGCUCCAUUGGAAAACUUGACAGCAACUCAAGGCAGAGAUGUACAGUUUACUUGCGUAGUUAAUCAUCUGGGAGAUUACCGAGUCGCGUGGAUAAAAUCAGAUUCGAAAGCUAUAUUGGCUAUACAUAAUAGAUUAGUGGCUCACAAUUCGCGUCUGUCUGUCACCCAUAAUGGACAUAAUACGUGGAAGUUGCAUAUUUUAAAUAUACAAAAAAACGACUCCGGAUCGUACAUGUGCCAGAUAAAUACGGAUCCGAUGAGAUGGCAGCUGGGAUAUUUAAAUGUGACAAUACCGCCGGAUAUAUUGAACGAUGAUGAAGGAAUAUCUGAUGGAUAUCAAGCUCUGGAAGGAGGAUCUAUUCAUUUGAGAUGUAAAGCUACAGGCGAACCUGAGCCAGAAGUGAGCUGGAAAAGAGAAGAUGGCAAACCCAUCGUUCUGCGAACUGAUAAACAGAUGGAAUUCCGAGAUGUAGUGGUCAGCGAAAACUUAACUCUGUCAAAAGUCAAUCGAUCUGAUAUGGGAACAUAUUUGUGUCUAGCCAAAAGCCCAGUUCCGCCUAUUAUGAGUAAAAGGUUCACUGUAAGGGUUAAUUUUAAACCAGUUGUCGAAGUGGACAAAGACCAUGUCGGAGCACCAGCUGGCAGAGACGUGAAAAUUAGCUGUAAAGUUGAAGCUUCUCCAAAAGCUACAUUUCAAUGGCUCAAUAAUAGAGGUGAACCGAUCAUGCCAAAUCCUCGAGUGAACAUAACUGAAACUCCAAUCAACGAAUACACCACUGAUAUGGAGUUGGCAAUAAAAUCACUCCAUAAAAGGGACUUUGGCGAAUACACCUGUGUAUCAGAAAACACAAUAGGUCGAGCCGAAGGCAAAAUUCGUCUAAUAGAAAUAAGUCUUCCAGUGCAUUCAACUCGGCCGCCACCGUACUACCCACCAAAGAAAGAAAAAGAGUUACCAAACGUACAUAAGCACACGCCUCACCAUAAAAGCACCAAAACUCCUCACAAGUCAUCGAAGAGUCAUAAUAGCCUAGACAAUAAUGACAUAAACACCGAUAUCCAAAGUACUUCCAUUUCACAAUCUAGUUCAAAUGAGAAUUACAACAGUCAAUCAGUCACCGAGUAUAAUCCUAAAUUCGCCUAUAAACCAAAUAAUGGAGCUGUUUUAAGCUCGUCAAAUUCCUCGUUACACGAAUUCAUCAUUUUAUAUUACUCGGUAUUAUUAUUAAGUAGGGUUCUUUACACUACGACAAUUUGAAAAACCUGUACAUAUUUUUGAUUUAUACAAUCAAUACCUAAUUUCUUUUUCAACUCAGCAUUUGGAAAUUUUCAACGACUGAAUUUUAAGUACGUAUCCCACAAGCAACGAGUGGGUAUGAGAAUAUUAAGCUCUCCAAGUUCAUCGCCCCCAUUGUUAUAAAAUGAUUGGUAUUUGUUUAUAAUCAAUGGUGCGCUUAGGCAAUAAUCUCGAUAUCGAGAUAUUAUACCUACGUAAAUGGUGCGUCGCCACAGUCAUUAUAAAACACAAAUCGAUUCGAAUUAGUGAACAAAAUGAACAAUUGUAAAGUAUUAUAAAAUAAGACUGAAUUAUUGCAAAAUUUUGUGAAAUAUUCUCCAAUUCUUUCCUUACGUACACAAACAUUUUUAAACAUAUCAGAUAAACGGACGAAUUAAGCAAACUCGAUAAAAAAAAAAGAAACCAUAUCAAUUUAAAAAGGUGUAUAAACCUAUACGAAAAUCCAUUUCCACAGAACGGAAUUGAAACCUUACAAAAAAAUACCAUUUAAAUUCUGUCAUUUGCUCGGUUCACUACAAAUUGUUUUUUUUUGCGCUAAAAUUGUGAUAUUUUUUUAAAAAGUACUCGUGAGGAUGAGGCGACAUUCGGCAGUAGUACUUUGUUAAAGAAAUGUCAUUUGUAAAAACCUAAUUUUUAAGGCCAAAUGAUACUAAUUUCCAAAAUUUCUUUGGCUAAUUAGAGCUUUUAUGUCUUCCUUAAGUUUAAUUUCGAGAACAGACUUGACAAGUAAUUUAAGCGAUUCAUUUAUCGCCUGAAAUUUGUAACAUGAAAUAAGUUUUAUUUGUAUUUAUGUUGAAUAUGACGAAUGUAGUGUAAUUUAUUUGUAUAUGUAUUUAAAAAAACAUUAUGUUAAUUAGUUUAAUUUUAAAUAUCGUUGUCAACGGUUUGUAUAAAUUUUGUUAUUUCGUUUUAUGUUUUUUUUUGUUUGUUUUUUAUUUUGAAAUCGAUAAAAUGUCUUUUGAUUGAUGAUUUUGAAAAAUCUACAAUCAGAAAUUUUCAUAAUUUCCAAAUUUAUGUAGUUGGAUAUCAGGCAGGUAGUGAAUUUCUAAAAUUCCAGAUUUUUCAAAAAAAUUAUAUAAGGGUGAUCCCUCAUCCCCCCCGGAACCAUAAAAAAAUUGAAAAUAAUUUUAGAAAGACACAUCUCUCGAUUGACCCCACCUUAUUUUAAAAUGUCGUUCUCUCGCUGAAAAAUUAUUUUCGGUUUGAUGAAGCAAGCAGAUCUACGGGAUAAGAUGAAUAAAAAUAUCUGAGAAAUAUUUUUUUCUGAAUUUAUUGAUCUAACUGGAGUUCAAAAUUAUUUCUAAUAAUCCUAAAAUUAAUCUAACAAAAUUACUUUUUCUCAAUUUGAAAAUGUAGGUAGGUACCUACUCAGGUCUCCAACAGAAUCAUUUUUUUUUUCAUAGAUUCUGAUUCUGAGUAAUUCCAUCAAGAAAUUUUUUAAACGUGUUUCUAAGUCCUGUAAAAUUUUUGAAUGAAUUGCUUUUCAUCACCUCAUUUCAUGGUGAGGUACCUAAAAAGUAAAAAUUUUUCACCGUUGAUGAUCUUGAAUUUCAUGAUGAGGUGAAGCAUUCAUGUGGUAGGUAUUCAUUUCCAACGAAAUCUGUUCUCACAGAAAUUUGGUCAAAAUUUAAUAUGUAAUUGCAUUCCUUUUCAAUAAAAACAAUGAUAUUUUGAAAAUUCACACAUUUACAUAGAAUAGGAAAAAAAAUUUGGAGCGAUUUACUACUUCUUAGUGAAACACAAAAAAAAUAUUCAUGAACAAGUUUCAAACUUCCAAUAGAGUAAUGAAUUGUUUUUUGUUUUUUUUUGGAAUGGUAAAUGUGAAAAUUUGCAACACGUAGCGAUCUUGUUUGUUAUACAAAAGAAUUUCAAAACAAUUCAAUUUAACAUUGAACCAUUUGCCAUUUUUUUCUCUCUUUUUAAAUAGGUUGAUACGAUUAAAAGUGAGCCUCUUUGCCAAAGUAGUGAAAUUCCAAAUCCCCCGCCUCCAAAAACAUAUAAUUUUGGGACUUUCAAAGUGGAUGACGAUGAAAAAUUGGAAAAAAGUAUAAAUUUGACAAUUCAACCUUACUGUGUUCUCAUCUUCAAAGUUGAAAACAUUAUUUUUCAUGUCCAUCAGUCGUUGGGGGGGGGGAUGAAAAUUACCCACGGGCAGCAUUUUUUAAAAUACAUAAUCCACACAAUACUCAUUUAGAUUGGACUUUUUUCGAUUUUAGAAUGAUCGAGGAGGUGUUCAUGCUCUCUAUAUCACAUUUAAUUUCAACUCAUCAAGUUGAAAUGAACGAACUUUAGACUCAAAUUUCCAAAAAUAAAAAAUAAAAAUGAAAAUAGAAUGACUCAUCAACAUUCACGUCGUAAUUUGAAAAUUUUCUAAAAUUUGAACUGGUGACCUUUCUUUUAACUUUCUCUGAUAGAAAAACUUCAAAAAAACUUUCGACAUUUUAUUGAUUCGCUAAAAUUGUACUAUUCUUUGAAAAGUGAAAUGAGAACUAAAAAUAACAUCGAUCGACUUUCAAAAGACAUUUAGAUUUUAUAAAUACCUAAAUACCAUUUUAGUAAAUUGUACCAUUAAAGAUGGAUAGCCCGAUUAAAAUGUUUUCAAAAUUGUUAACUCGUUAUAUUACCUAUUGUUUUUGCUAUAAAAAGCAUUUUUAUAUGUAUUUUGACGAUGCGAUCUUCCGUGAACUUGAUCAAAGAAACCAGUAAUUCCCAAUUAAUGUGCACAACUUCAACUUGUUAUUGUAAAUGUGAAAUAUUCAUAACUUGAAGAAAGUUCACAAAAACAAUGUGUUCUUUUUUUUUCCUUUUGAAAUUAAAAUUCUCACAAAGAAUACGUAAAGUUUUGAAAACUGAAUUAUACUCACAACGCUUUUCUUGCAACAGUGGAAAAACCCGAUUAUUUGUGAAACGUGUGAUAGAAAAUAUAUAGUUUAGUUCUGUAUGACAAUACUAUUAGAAAUUCACACCCCCGUGUUUUAAUGUUAUCUCAUAAUACAUAUUGUUUAUAUA